AUGGCUCGUCAGCCUGUGUCCGUGCUGUGCAUAGUCGGCGCUGCUCUCUGUGCCCUCCUCUUGUGGCCUCGCACACGGCUUUUGCUAGAGAGAAAAUCGAUCUAUCAGCGACUCAAAACACGGCAGACAUUGAAGGAGGGUAAUGCAAUGGGAGCAGACGACAUUGGUGAGGGUGGCCGUGGCUUGAACGGCGAGGUGGGGAGGAGGAGAGGGGACGAGGGGAGGAGCGAGGUGCAUGAGCGUAAGGAUGAGUUGAAGGGUGCGCUAAAAAAUGAGUUGAAGGCUGAGCUUAAGGAUGAGUUGGCGAUUGCUUUGAAGGGUGAGUUGAAAAAUAAGUUGACGGUUUUAUCAGCUGACAUCUGUGCUGGUGUGGAGGAGAAGGAGAAAGUGGUGCUGGGAGCAAUGGAGGUUAAAGAAAAGGUAGUAGCAGUAAAAGGGAACUUGGCAGCAGUGAAGGGCGAGUUGGCUGACCAGAAUGUCCGUUUGUUGGAAUCAGAUGCAGAAAGGGAAGUGGGUUUCGCAGCAGUGAAGGUUGAAGCAGCAGCAGUGAAAGAAAAAGUAGCAGCAGUGGAAGGGGAGUUGGCUGACCAGAAGGUCCGUUUGUUAGCAUCAGAGGCAGCAAGGGAAGAAGGCUUUGCAGCAGUGAAGGGGGAAGUGGAAGCAGUGAAGGAAGAGGUAGUGACAGUGGGAGAGAACUUGGCAACCGUGAAGGAGAAAGUUGCCGCAGUGAAGGGGGAAGUGGAAGCAGUGAAGGAAAAAGUAGCAGCAGUGGAAGGGGAGUUGGCUAACCAGAAGGCCCGUCUGUUGAGAUCUGAAAAGGAGAAGAAGGCUGUGGAAAGGGACGUGGAUGGACGGGUGAAGCGAGACGAAGAGUUGGAACCUCAUAAGGUUGCAUUAGUUCGCGAUGUUUUUCAACUGGGUGGAUCGACUAGCAAGGAGCAAGUGGAGCAGUGCAGGCCAUCGUGA